AUGAACUCAGAGGCACCCAAAUCGAAAAAGAUCAAAUCUAAAGAUAUAAAAAUGGCAUCCUACGUUUCAACAAAAACUGCAGAAUCGUCUUCAUGUGCUACUACCGAUUCCACUAAUUCCCGUACAAUGACUCAAACUACCACUCAGGAGGCUAUCGCGAUAACUAUUCCUCCAGAAAUUUUUAUUAAAAUCUGUGAACAUUUAUCUCCCGAAGACCUUUUAUCAUUGACAGGUGUUUGUAGAAGAUUUCGUGGUUUCUUGUGUUCACCACAAUCUUCAAUCACACAAGAUAUUUGGCGAACUUCCAGAGUAAACUUUUUACCUGGUCUUCAAUUACCACCACCUGAAGGAAUGUAUGAAGAAGAAUAUAUUAGAUUUGGAAAAUUAUUAACUAGAUGUCAAUAUUGUAAAUCACGAAAAAUGGUUAAAGUUUAUUGGCAAUUUCAAGUGAGAUGUUGUCAAGAAUGUUUAUUAAAAAACACCACUGCAAUUGCCAAAGACCAUAAUUGGAUGGCGGAUGCCAUACAAACAGGAUUAUGUUACGUACGUCAUAUCAAUCAAAUCCUUUUCUGGACACCAGAAUUCAAAUCAUCAUAUAAAGAAUUUGAAGCUAUUGGCGGUAAUCAUUAUCUGACGUGGACAUCUAACAGAAAAGAAAAACGUAUUCCAACUGUUAGUGCUUUAGGAGUUGAUGUCGAUCCAAGACAAUUUUCUCUUUCUCAAAUUCGUAUAACUGGAACAAGAUCAAGUGUUUCAUCGGCAGUUUCAGCAUUACAACAUUUUAGUCAUAUUGAUACUCUUGAUAUCAUGAUCAUGGAUUCUCCCUAA